CUUAAGUUGAAUUGUCUGUCAUUAAUAAAACUUUGUGAUAAAACCAUACAAAGAAAAUUACAUAAUGUUAAAGUUGGACACAUAUCUUCGGAGACGCCAUUAUGUCAAGAAUGGGUUGUGGUUCACCGAAGACCAUAUUCCAGUACGAAAGCUAUUUCUCCCCAACAUUUCGGAAGAUCUGAAGGAGGACACGUUAGUUGAGCAUUUUAAAAGAUUCGGGAGUGUCAUCAGUGUUCAGCUCUCCAACAACAACGGAUUCGUUCUAUUUGCAUAUGCAAGCGAUGCGACCAAAGCUUUGGAAAAGAUGAUUCAUCACGCGAAUGGCCAUGAAAUCUGUGUCUUUGUGGCCGAUAGUUGGUGCCAACCGGAUUUGUAUGGGGCUUCAGAGCCCCUACCUACCAGCGAUCAGUCAGGGGAGGCGUACAUUUUAAAGAUUCCUGAUGAUUGCCUAUCAAUGAUUCUAAAAUUUCUUCCAUUGGCGGAUCAAGUCCACUUCCAAAGUGUUUGCAAGCGCUUUCAGUUUGUAUAUCAGUUAACUGCACGAUCCAUACAUAAGUCGGUCGAUUGUAAAAAAUUGUAUGAUUUGACACUUUGGGAGUGUCGCAAAUUUAUUCGCAGUUCCGGACCAUAUGUAACGGAUUUGAAAUUUGAAAUUUGAAAUAUAUUGGAAGGAAUUGCAUCAACUUGAAGUCUUUGCAACUUUCGCAUUUCCAAU